AGGUUGAAGUUGAAUUUGCCGUCGGGGCUUAGAUUCCAACUGAACAGUGGCACUACUGUAGCUCGCUUCUGGGAACCUCAGAGGCUUGAGAGUCGGUAGUCACUGGUCACAAAAAAGGCCAAAGUGACCUAAAACGGACCAAAGUACAAGUACACAGGGAACAGAUCCCUGAAAGUAAAGGAAAUUAAACAGAAUGCUGGUGUAACCAACUUCUUUGAAACAGCCGCCAUUUUGAGAAUUUUAAAGAUUAUUUGACUUGGAUUAAGUUCCAUUGAAAUGAGGAAACCUUUACGCUCAAUUUGCUCAAAUAUGUGGACAAGUGUUCAAUUCGGGUAUUCAUUAUCAAGGACCAAUAUGAAGUUCUUUAUUCUUUCCAUUUUAUUAAUUCCAGGAUGUUUGUGUGCCAACGUUGCAUUUGUUUUAGAUGAGAUUGAUUUGUUGGAAGAAGUUAGAAUAGAAGACGCUACUUCGCGAACGAAUGGUAUGUGUAGUGGGAGGGACGACAAUCGGGCAUUCCAGAUCACGGGGGAGGAGCAACUCACCGUGCCAUUUCAGUCUACAUUCAAAGAUGGACUUCCAGAAGAGUUUUCUUUAAUGGCCACCUUUAGGCAUAACAACAUGACCGCCAAAGAUGGUAAAUUAUCCAUACCUCUAUUGACUAUUUAUAACGAAGAUGCUCGAGAAGUAUUCGGACUCUACGUGGGAGAGGAUGCAAAGUUUCUUCUUAGCGAUGAAGAGGCAAGGACAACCUUAGAUAAAGCCACACUCUUCGAAUCAUGGAACACCAAUGAUGGAAACUGGCACAGGAUAGGUAUUAGUGUUAGCGGAGGAAGUGUGACGCCUUACUUUGACUGUGCUCCAGGAGAAGCCAUUUCAUUCAAGCGAAGCAUGGUUCCAGAGGACGCAUUCAGUAGAGAGGGGAUCUUGUUCAUUGGUCGUGAUUUAAAUGAUUCACCUGAAUUUAAGGGUGCCAUCCAAGACUUAAUUUACAUGCCCUUCCCUGAGGGAGCAAAGGAUGUUUGUCGAUACUACGCCCCUGAAUGCAACCAGGAUUUUUUCACUAUCAGUACAGGAAAGUCAGACCAAGGGUACGUCGACAAGUCUAUGGCUGCUGUGACAGGAGAUCUCAGUAAGAUGGGAGCAGGUGCUAUGGGAGGCGGUGAAGUAGUGAUGGUAGAUAAGUCUGGCAUGGGAGCAGGAGCAGGCGGAGUUGUCAUGGUAGACAAGUCAGGAGCUAUGGGAGUUCUAGAUAAAUCACAAUCAGGUGGAUUCAUCGUGGAUGCAAAAACCGGAGAAACUGUCGGAAAAAUGGGAAGUUCAGUGUUGGUGGGCAAAGAGGGAGCGCCGAUGCUGACAUACGAUGCGUCAACUGGAGUGUCCUACGCCUACCGUUAUGGAGCAGCCGGACCCCCAGGACCCCUUGGUCCCCCAGGACCACCAGGACCAAAGGGUGAUACGGGCUUUGACGGACGGGACGGUAUACCUGGAGCAGGAGGUCUACCAGGACCCCCUGGAAACGUCUUCAUAAUCGAUGCUAAUUUUGCAUCUAAGACAUCCCACCAGGCUCAAGCAUUCAGAGAAAUCCUUGGACAACACAUGCUUGCAAUGCGUGGUGCCCCUGGACCCCAGGGAAUGACCGGAAUUCCAGGACCUGCGGGACCUCCAGGAAUUGAUGGUCCAAAAGGGGAUGUUGGGAACCCUGGAGAGCAGGGUAUAGCAGGGCCGAUGGGAUUCCAGGGCGUUGCUGGUCAACCAGGAGAGCGGGGACGUCCAGGUUUUGAUGGCGACAGAGGAGAAAUGGGACCACCAGGUGAAAAGGGUCCACCAGGAUAUCCCGGCAUGCCAGGAUUUCCCGGACCAAAGGGAGAACGGGGAUACAUUGGACCAACAGGUGCUACUGGACCAGUGGGACCAGUAGGAUCAUCGGGAGACAUCGGUGAACAAGGGCCAGUUGGACCACCAGGAGAAAUUGGGCCUAGGGGAUUCCUUGGACCACAGGGCCGACCUGGACCCAUGGGAUCUCCGGGUCUGCCAGGACUUGAAGGAGCCCCAGGACCAAAAGGAAAUGAAGGUUUAGUAGGAGCGCCCGGUGCCCCAGGCCAGUCCGGUGCCCCUGGAGCAAUAGGACCUCCAGGACCCCCUGGACCUCUUGGACCCCCCGGAAUUCCUGGCCCCAUGGGUAAGCCUGGUCUCCCAGGUUUGCCUGGACCAGUAGGACCACCAGGCAAUGCAGGAAAAGAUGGGGAACCUGGAAUAAAGGGAGAUGAGGGUGUCAUGGGACUGCAAGGUGUGACAGGGUACCCUGGACCACGUGGAAUUAAAGGUGACUCGGGGCCUCCAGGAAAUCAGGGAUCAAAGGGCGAAAAGGGUGAUGUUGGAUUGGUUGGACAAAAGGGAGAUCUAGGAUUCCACGGGGAGAAAGGUCUGCAAGGAGAGCCUGGACCCCCAGGACUUGAGGGAAUCGAGGGGGCAAAGGGAAACCCUGGACCUCGUGGAGAAGCCGGAGAUGCAGGACCUCAAGGAGAAAAGGGAAUGAUGGGACCGAUAGGAAUGCCGGGAUACCCCGGACCACCAGGACUCGUGGGACCACCUGGGAGAUCCGGGCGUCGUGGAAGAAGAGGAGCGCGAGGGAAACCUGGUUUGCCAGGACCAACAGGAGAUAUUGGAGAGAGGGGACCAAUCGGACCACCAGGCGAGAGAGGUAAACCAGGAAUCCCCGGGCCAGUGGGACCCAAGGGACAAGCUGGAAAUUCCGGAUCCCCAGGGUUCCAAGGAGAACAGGGUAUUCAGGGUCCCCCGGGACCUGCCGGUCUAAUGGGUCCCACAGGACCACAGGGUCUUCCCGGACAAGAUGGCAUGCCAGGCGUAACAGGAGAGAGAGGACUUCCGGGUACGCCGGGUAUUCCCGGAGCUCCUGGACAAAUGGGAGUUAUGGGACCACAGGGAGCUCAAGGAGAACCCGGGUCUCCUGGAGACAGAGGCGCACCUGGAAUUCCGGGACCUCCUGGCGACACUGGGCUGUCUGGAGCGGCAGGAGAAAGAGGACUUCCGGGACCGCCUGGGCCACCAGGGAACGAGGGUGUCCAAGGCCCACCAGGACCAAUAGGAGCCAAGGGAAUGAGGGGUUACCCUGGACCACCAGGAAAGGAUGGUCUUCCGGGCGAGCAUGGAUCACCGGGGCCACAGGGACCAAGGGGAGAGAAAGGUACAAUUGGUGAUACUGGACCAGCAGGAAGCCCUGGAAUCACUGGACCACCAGGGCCAAUAGGAGCAGAAGGACCCCCCGGAACAAAGGGUGACAUUGGAAUAGAGGGGACUCCAGGCUUACCCGGUCCAGAAGGAGCCCAAGGACCAAGAGGAUACCCUGGACCCCCAGGACCAGUUGGACCACCAGGUGAAAAUGGGGACAAGGGACCACCAGGAGAUCCUGGAGCAAGGGGACUGAAGGGAGACCAUGGAGAGAUGGGUCCACCAGGACCACAGGGACCUCAAGGACUUCAAGGAGUUAUGGGACCACCAGGUCCUCCAGGAGAGCCAGGCAUCCAAGGUGUACAAGGUCCUCCCGGUCUGAAGGGUGCUACAGGUCCCCGAGGACUUCAGGGUAUGCCGGGAUUACAAGGUCUGCAGGGACUUCCGGGUUCUAUCGGAGAAAAGGGAGAACAAGGAGACAGAGGAAUGGAUGGUCCCCCGGGUGCACCAGGUCCCCAAGGAGAACCGGGACCGGAGGGCACACAGGGUCCAACUGGUUUACCUGGUCCCCCAGGAUUCGAAGGAAAACAGGGUUUAAAGGGAGAACAGGGUGUCCCUGGUCCUGCUGGUCCAGCAGGAAUAGACGGUCUCGCGGGAACAGUUGGAGAGCCAGGACCUAAAGGUGAAACCGGAAGACCAGGACCUCAGGGACCUUCCGGAAUCAGAGGCGAGCCAGGCAUGCCAGGACCAAAGGGACACGCGGGAAUACAAGGUCCUCCCGGUAUUCCUGGACCACGUGGAUCUCCAGGUUUGAAGGGUGAGGCGGGACGUGACGGACCAGAAGGAGAACAAGGCGUAGCGGGACCAGUGGGUCCGCCAGGCGCUCCAGGAGAACCCGGACUUCCAGGACAGCCCGGUAAACAGGGUGAAAUUGGAAGAACAGGGUCCCAGGGUGAACCAGGACCAAUAGGAGAGAAAGGAGACCGUGGACUCCAGGGUCCAAUGGGAGGGCGUGGUUUACCAGGAUCGCCGGGCAAUCCCGGACCCCCAGGCCCCCCGGGACCGCCGGGCUCUCCUGGACCAGUCGGCGAAGCAGGUGCUGUUGGUGCUCCUGGAAUACCAGGGGAACAAGGACUACUGGGACCACCAGGACCAGCGGGUGCCAAAGGAGAAAUGGGGGAUAAGGGAGAGAAGGGACACAUGGGCCGUGUGGGACCCCCGGGAGUUAUUGGUGACCCUGGUCCUAAGGGAGAACCAGGAGAGCCCGGGCCUCCAGGAAUUAAGGGUGAAAGGGGACCAGCGGGACCGGAAGGUCCACCAGGGUUCCCAGGCCCGGAAGGAACUCCAGGAUUCCCAGGGCCACCUGGACCACAGGGACUCAAGGGAGAACGGGGAGACACAGGACCCAAAGGUGACCCAGGUCUACCGGGCCCUACCGGACCCCCUGGUCCCCCUGGAGCAUCUCAAGCCUUCCCAUCCAAUUUCUUCUCCUCAUCUUUGGCGCCAAAAGUACAACAACGCAGACGAAAACGUGCCGUCAAUCAACAUGAGGAUACUUUCGAAUUUGAUGUCAACGAAUUGGUGAAGGAAAUGGAAAGCAAGAAAUACGAACUCAAGGAAGGUGUCACUCUUCUGGUCGGCAAAAUGUUUGGACAUAUACAAAAGUUAAAUGAUGAGAUUUCCAAGAUUCAACACCCAACAGGGAAAGAAGGCAACCCUGGCAGUACCUGUAAUGAUAUCAAACUAGGAAAUCCAGACUCCAAAGACGGCUGGUACUGGAUAGAUCCCACCCUCGGGGCGUCUGGUGAUGCUAUCAAGGUUUGGUGUAAUAUGACGGCAGGUGGAAGUACCUGCAUCUACCCAACCGAGGAAACCAAACAGUCUCCACUACAACCUAGAGAGAGAGAGCUUGGACAAUCUUUUAGCGGACUGAAAUCUGGAUUCAUGAUUGAAUAUCCCGAUGAAAAACAGCUUAACCUUCUGCGACUGUUCAGUGAACGAGCUACCCAGACAUUCACUUAUUAUUGUAAAAACGCACUGGCGUGGUUUGAUGACAUGUACAAAGAUAAAAAGAGAGCGAUUAUCCUGGAGGGUGCUGAUCGAACAGAGCACUUAACUCAAAACUUCGACAAUGUAGUCGAUGGAUGCAAGUCAAGGAGUGCAGAUGGAAAAGCUAUAUUUGAAAUUUCAACAAAGAAAAUUGAAAGUUUACCAAUUAUUGACUUUAUACCAAAGGACUAUGGACAACCCGACCAAGAAAUUGGAUUCGAAGUUGGACCCGUGUGCUUCUCUUAAAUUCACCACACCUUAGCUCAUUUUGACAUUUAUUAUUGGUUUAUCAUUUUUAUGUUCAGUUUGAACACAAUAUUUAUUGAGGACUGCUUUGUAAUGUUCCAAUAUAGAUACAUUGUAUGUUAAUUGGUCUCAGUAUUGUAUUGGGUGUAGCCUCUUGGACGAUGUAACUAAAUUUAGUCAAUAGCAAACACUGAUGGUAAACUCGGUUUAUCAUUUACAGCGAAACUGUGAUUAACCAUUAUAUAGGUUACGUUCAUUUGUAAUCGACACGACAUCCACAGUACAUUAUAUAGCAGUAUUAAUGUAUCAUGGAAACCUAUACUCUCAUAUUCUUAUUACACUAACAUUAAACAUAGCAUAUGUAUGACUGGCUUAAUAUCCUCCGUUAAAUAAGAGAAAAUACGGUCCCAAAAUGAACCUGAGCCACGUGACCUACGUCUCGUAAUAUUUUCUGUUUAUUGAAAGUGAUUAUUUUUUCAAUUAAUUUUUUUUAAUUAAUACCACAGUAUUAGUGAUUGGAGAGUAAGGCACUGAUCUCACGUAUUAAUUUCCUUUGUAUUGUCGUUGCAUGUUCCAUGUGUAAAUUGCAUUGUUUUUAUUCACUAGCUCCUGUCACUGCCGACGCUGUUAUAAUCAUGAAUUACGAAUUAAAGAAUAAAUUAAAUUGCUUUUAA